AUGAAUAAAACAUAUGAUCACCCUGAACCUCCCUUUGUAGCUGUCUCCUCAAACCCUAAUACCACUAUAUUGCUAGCCACUGCAUUGGUCCACUUGAAAGCUAAUAACGGUAACACAGUUGUAGCCCGAGCCGUUAUUGACUCUGCAUCUAUGGUAAGCUGCGUAACAGAAAAUAUUGCUAACCUGCUUAUGCUCAAACGGACAUUUUCCAGUAAUUCCAAGAUAGAUGGCCUAUCAUCAGUAGAAGUUAAAUCUAAAGGCGUGUCAAAAGUUAACAUAUCGUCUCUUAGCGGAGAAAUGAUUGCUGAUAACAACCCAGUCCUUAUUCUAGACAGAAUAACCUCAAACCUCCCACACUCAGAAGUUCCAGUUAAUGUUAAAGAAUACUUCAAACAUUUGGUCCUGGCUGAUCCAACUUUUCAUCUGCCUAGUAAGAUAGAUAUGCUCAUAGGUGCUGAUCUAUUCGCUAAAGAGAUCACUGGUGAACGCAUCAUCAUUAACAAGGAUCUUCCUGCUGCCAUGAAUUCUGUAUUUGGAUAUCUUAUCAUAGGAUCUGCCCCAACUCUUCCUGCUGUAGUCCCUCACAAAACAGCCCCUCAAUGCAAGGGUAAUGUUUCUUCUUUAUUAAGUACUCGAGAUAUUGAUUUGCACAAUUCUCUGCAGAAAUUUUGGACUCUAGAAGAACCUCCCAUCAAACUUCAUGUAACAUCUGAACAAGAAAUUUGUGAACAUCACUUUCUAAACACGGUUUCUAGGGAUUCAGAUGGACGCUACUUUGUUAGGCUACCCAUAAAAGAAAAUCAUCCCCCUCUUGGUGACUCAUCAUUUUGCGCUCGCAAUAGAUUCAUAUCACUUGAAAGAAAAUUAGAAAGUCAGCCUGAAGUUAAAGCAGAGUAUAGUAAAGCCAUACAUGAUUUAUUGUCAUCUAGUCACAUGGAACCUGUUAACCCUCCUCCAAACAGUGAUAAUAAACAAUUUUACUUACCUCACCAUGCUAUUGUCAAAGUAGAUUCCUCAACCACCAAGCUUCGUGUAGUAUACGAUGCAAGCGCACGCAGCUCCUCAGGUGUCAGCCUUAACGAUAUUCUACAUACCGGGCCAAAACUACAUAAUGAUCUUAAUGAUAUUCUGUUAAAGUUUAGACUUUCCCCUAUUGUCUUCUCAUGUGACAUCAAACAAAUGUUUCGUCAAAUAAUGAUCCACCCAGAUGAUAGAAACUAUCAAAUGUUGUAUUGGAGAGAUGACAAAGACGACCCCCUUUCAGUUUACCGUUUAACUACGGUUGUGUUUGGAUUCAACUGUUCACCCUACUUGGCACUAAGGACACUUCACCAACUUAUCAUCGAUGAAGGCGCAAAGUUCCCUCUGGCAGCUGAGGCUUAA